AAAUAUUAUUAAAUAUUUACUAUGAUUAAUUCAUGUUUUUAAAAAUACAUGAAUUAAUCAUAGAAAUCUAUAUUUUGCUUAUAAGCUUUAUUACACACACACACGCACACACACAAGUACACACACACACGCACACACACACGCACGCACGCACGCACACACACACAAUAAUUUAUUUGUCCAUCUCACAGUUUUACGUGCGAGUUUUUAAUAUCACCGUGUGUAGCAUAAUAACAUAUUCAUAGUAUAUUCGCUUCAUCGCUUCUUAGCAUUUUUUUUUUAUUUCCCUUGUAGACAGACGAGUAUACGGCCCACCUGAUGGUGAGUGGUUACCGUUGCCCAUGGAUUUCAGCAAUGUCAGGGGCAGAGCCAAGCCGCUGCCUACCACUUAAUACUCUCUACAAGCCUCGUUUGAAGAAGGACAUGUCAUAGAGCUUGGGAAACACCGUGGAGGGGAGCUCAUUCCAUAGCCGGAUGGUACUUGGCAAAAAAGACCUCUGGAAAUGCACUGUGGAUGACCCCAGUGGCUCCAGGUAGUUCGGAUGAACUCUACUCCGGUGGCAGGCGGUGCGAUGGUAAAAACGAGAUGACGAUAUCAUCUCGAACAAUUCUUCAGAGCACUCCCCAUGGAACAUAAUUUAAUAUAAAACCAAGUUUAAGUCAAAGAAAUAGUAAUGUAACUAUUAUUUCUCAGGAGAACUUAACCUAUAUGAUUUUACUAUGAUGCAGUGUUAGGAAGGUUUAUACUCGUAGAUAUUGCUAAGGGGAUUGUGUUUUAUUGUUUUUACUGGUGGUAGGACCUCUUGUGAGUCCGCGCGGGUAGGUACCACCACCCUAUCUAUUUCUGCCGUGAAGCAGUAAUGCGUUUCGGUUUGAAGGGUGGACAGCCAUUGUAACUAUACUGAGACCUUAAAACUCAUAUCGUCAGGUUUGAGCCCCGUGAGCUCACCUACUAGUUAAGGUUCCGGUGGAAUAGCCUCUCAAGCCUACCAGCAUAGGUAGGAAAAAAAAAAAAGAACUCAUACCUCAAGGUGGGUGGCGGCAUUUACGUUGUAGAUGUCUAUGGGCUCCAGUAACCACUUAAUACCAGGUGGGCUGUGAGCUCGUCUACCUAUCUAAGCAAUAAAAAAAAAAGGUUAAUUAAGUAUAGGUAUAAUAUGUAUAGGUUAAAGAUAGUAAGGGUUACUAUCCUACUAUUAUUAUAAGAAACUUUUAAUAUAAGAUUCUCUGUACAUGUUAAUAUAAUUUUUAAUUCACAUUUAAUAAUUACCAUAGAAUGAUAGGGAAAAUUACCGCAGUAAUAGUAAAAAAUCGUAGUAAACGAUUAUUUUGAUAUUUGUAUUGAAAUUGAGGCGAACAGUCGCCUCAAUUUCAAAACUCACAUUAAAACGAUUAAGUAGUCGGCUUUUGUUUAAAUAAAAAUGAUAUUAUUUGUUAAUUCAAACUAAAUUAUAGCAGGAAUUGAAUUGUACGUUAACUUCUGUAGAGUUUUAAAUUUUACAGCUUAUGUUUUUUUAAGAAAAGGUUAGGAAUUCCAAAGCACCGAGUGUGCGUUUUCCGAACACUCUUGACAAAUAUAUCCGUUCGUACUUUGUAUUGAUCGUCAACCUUUAAGGAAUUAAUAAUGUAUACUAUUGAUUGAGCUGCUUUAAUAAUGUUAAGUCAAUUUUCGUAAGUUACUGAACGGAAAUAAUUUUCGUUCUCUGAUUAAAAGUCAAUGCUAUCAUUGAUAGUUAUUUACGUUUAUUUAUAUAUUUGGGCCUCGCUCUCACUGUCCCGUGUUAUCUGAAGCUCAAAAUGAUAUCUCAACAUAGGUCCGACAUUAAGAUAUUUUUUUUGUCAGGAUGGAAUCGCCGGACUUCCGCCCUCCACUAGAGAUGGCGGGAGGGGCAUGUUAAGACCUUAAGUCAUGAGGCUGAAGUAUUAACUGUAUUUUAGUAUUACUGUGAUCUUCGCCAGAAUGCAUGAUUACUUUAUGCCAGAAAUAGGCAGAUUCAUGUGCCUACCUAUACGAAUUCAAAACAAGCCCUAGUAAACUCAAAUUUACAAGUGUCCAAUUACUUACUACUCUUAUUACUCCUAACAUAUUAAUAUUGACAGACGCUCCUCGAGUAAUAAUUAUGUGCUUGAAAUUUUACAAGCGAUUACUCAUAUAAUCACGACGUUUAGGUUAUUAAAUUGAUUGACGAUUUAGUAGACACUAUUAUUAUCAUCAAUAGUCAGUAUUAAAUUUAAGUGUAACAACGUAAUUUUAGCUGUGAACAGUAAGUGGUCACGAAUAUUUAUGAUGGCUAAAAAAUAAAAGCAAUGGAGAAAUCACUACAAGGACAAGUCUUACAAAGAUGUUCGUGCAAUAAUUGUUUUAUACCACCAUGGGGAUUUACGGAUCUGGAGGAAGAGAAGCUAUACUCGGCUUACAUCCAAAGACAGAGACAGCGCGCUGUUCCCCGUUUGCUUGCUAUCGGAGUGCUGAUUCAAGUGUUCGCUGUACUAGUUCCCGGAGAACGUGAUUUAUCCGUGGCAUACUGUUCCGUUGUGAUAGCGUUGCUCUUGAACUUGUUGGUAGCCGCAGCCUAUAUUUGCAUACGGAAAGCUCGGCCAGCCCUCACGCAUAUAACAUGGCUGGCAUUAUGGCUCCAAUUACUAUUCAGUACUUCACGCAGACUCGGCGAUUCUUAUAAUGAACUACUAGGAUGGGCUGUUGUCGUGCAAUAUUUUACUCUUGCAACAAUGCCUUUUCAUUACUUGCUGAUGGUAUUCUACAGCGCCGUUUCCCUGUCUACUUAUCUUUUGGUGCAAUAUUACAACGCUUUAACAGCAGAAAGUACAUUAGCCGAUGAUUUCCAUUUCCAGCAAAUUGCAAAUGGAACAUUAUUACUGGGAGCCACGUUCCUCGGCGGUACCGCUUAUGCAAUUAGUGAAAGAAACCAGAGAUGCUCUUUCCAGGAGACCAAGCGAAGUUUACGAGACAAAUUGACUAUUGAACAACAAAGCAAAGAACAGGAAAGGUUAUUACUAUCCGUACUUCCGGAGCACGUAGCUGUCCAAAUGCGCAAAGAAUUAGGGCUUAUCGACACUCAAUUCAAAAAAAUUUAUAUGUCCCGACACGAGAACGUGAGUAUCCUGUAUGCAGAUAUCGUAGGCUUCACGGCUAUUUCGUCUACAUAUUCAGCGCAAGAUCUUGUUGCGAUAUUAAACGAGUUAUUUGCCCGUUUCGAUCGACUCGCCGAGAAAUAUCAACAGCUCCGAAUCAAAAUUCUGGGUGAUUGCUAUUAUUGCAUUAGCGGCGCACCGGUAGAAAGACCUGAUCAUGCCGUUCUCUGUGUGCACAUGGGCUUGUCUAUGGUUAAAGCUAUUAAAUACGUACAACAAAUCACAAACUCACCGGUGGAUAUGAGAGUGGGUAUACAUACAGGAGCGGUAUUGGCUGGCGUCUUGGGUCAGCGGCAGUGGCAGUUUGAUGUUUAUUCAAGAGAUGUGGAAUUGGCCAAUAAGAUGGAGAGUAGUGGAAUGGCUGGGCGCGUUCAUAUAUCGGAAGUUACUUUAAGUUUCUUGAACGAUGAGUUCGAAGUGGAACCCGCGCAUGGAGAGCGCCGCGAGGAGAUGCUGCGCCAGUCAGGCAUAAAAACUUACUUUAUUGUACGAGUUUUGAAACCGUACCAGGGAGGCGAAGAAAAGAUUGCGACGGCAAACGAAGCGCUUGGCGGAGAGCUCGCUGACACGCUAUCUGACCUCAGAGACGACGAUGAGGUCUCGGUUCUUUCACCACAAGACGAAGAAAAAGGAAACGAAGAAUCAAAGAUACUCUUGAUGUUGGAAGAGGAACUCGUUAAUAGAGAUGAUGAUAGGGAAUUGGCGGACGCAACAACAUUGUGCCUUACUUUCAAGGGUUCCGAGGCUGAGCAGGCCUUCGUGAACCGUAACGAUCCCUGUCCGCUGGCGCUCGCGGCUCCUCCGGUUCUGCUUCUACCGGCCGUGGUCGCAAUCGCUAGUUUUGCGGUUCCCCCUACUUGGGCAUUGAGUGCUGUUUACAUGGCACUUGUUUUGGAGACAGGCCUUAUAAACAUCAUCUAUUAUGUGCACUACAGAUACUCACAAUAUAAGAAAAGGGACAUCAACCCUCAGUGGAAGGUUACCUGUGGUAUUUUCAAUAUAUCCAUGUUCGUCGCGGCAAACGUUGCUCCUCUGCUCAUCUGCGGCAGUUUUGAAUCAAUGAUCGACAGUGGAAUUUCAGAUAAUUCGAUGUCACAUCUCACCGUGAGACGCUGUCUUCACCCCUCAUAUUACUAUCACGUGGGUGCGGGCGCCGCGUGUGGUGCUUUGUGGGUGUCUCCGAUGGGGGGAUGGUCACGGUUCGUGUUCCUGGGAGCGCUGGCGUUGGCUCACGUGGUGCCGGCGGUGGUGCAUCCCGCGUUGCUCGCCUCGCGUCCGAGCCUCGACCGUGACCCAUUUCGCCUGCCGUUCAACGCAUCUAAAGAUUACGAUGAAGACUUGUUUAUGGCUCUUGCUCAAAUUCAUGGAGGCCGUAAUCUACUGCUUUUGUUCUUCAUUGUCGUUGCGAUCCUAAUAUUGAAUAGAUACUUGGAGUCACUAGAGCGCGCCCGGCACUCCCGGGGCGAGCGCAUGCGCGGUCAAGCCGAGCAGGCGAGCGACCUGCGCCGUCGCAACCAGCAGCUCAUCCACAACGUGCUCCCGCCGCAUGUCGCCACGCACUUCAUGGGCGCACGACACCACCAUCGCGACCUCUACAGUCAAAGCUACGCCGAAGUCGGGGUUCUAUUUGCCUCAAUGCCCAAUUUUACAGAAUUUUACUCGGAGGAAACAGUUAACAAUCAAGGCCUAGAAUGUUUGCGGUUUCUGAACGAAGUUAUAUCAGAUUUCGAUUUACUGCUGGAAGACCCUAAAUAUAGUAAGGAUAUCAUAAAGAUAAAAACGAUUAGUUCCACAUACAUGGCAGCGUCCGGCCUAAAUCCUACAAGACAAAUGCAGCCAUCAGAUGGCGUGGUGGUGCGCUGGGCUCAUCUCGCUUGUUUGGUUGAGUUCGCCCUGGAAUUGCAACGUGUCCUCGCAGCAAUAAACGAACAAUCUUUCAAUCAUUUUGUACUUCGGAUGGGAGUCAACCACGGUCCUAUUACUGCUGGUGUGAUCGGCGCUCGGAAACCACAUUAUGACAUAUGGGGGAAUACAGUUAAUGUCGCUUCUCGAAUGGAGAGUACCGGAAAAGCUGGCUGCAUUCAGGUUACUGAGGAGACAUGCCAGAUAUUACAGAAGUUUGGUUACUACUUCGAGCAACGUGGUCUAGUUGCGGUCAAAGGCAAGGGCCAGCUAAUGACCUACUAUCUCCAGGGCAAACACGAUAAUCCGCCAGGCCAUAUGGACAAACCCAACGUCGAAGAAUCGGUGUCUGAUGCGAGUCCAGGAGAUGCCCUCCUGGCAAACGGUGAUGUUACGGGAUCUAGCGAGGAUGGUGCUCUUUCACGGAACGAAGCUGACCGUCCACUACUACAGUCUUAAGCUGAUAUAAAUUUGACAUGAAUCAUGUUUUUCACAAACCUGCCUAUAAGUUAAGCAGAUGAAACAAAAAAGAAAACUUAACAGUUCCAUCAACAAAAUCAUAUAGAUUCCUUACUCUAAUUCAGUCGAAGUUGUAUGCAAAUUAUAAUAGUAUUGAUUACGUCAUUAAUUUUCGCGUUUUUCUACGUUUGUUCUCUAAGUCUUUGAUUUUGUUAAAUGUGUUUCAUUCGGAAAGUUAUUUCAGUACUCUUCAUUUACGAUUUCAUUUUAAGCGAUUUUAUUUUACUGACAUACCUAUCUAAUAUGAAUUCAGCUUCACAUAUUUUAUCCCUAGUUUGUGCUGAGGCUUUGGGGAGGUCUAUGUCCAGCGGUCUUCGUCUGUGGACGAAAAGAGAGACAAACACGUAGUCGUAUAUUACGUGUCGGCGCUAGAACAUCUUGUGAGUGCGUACUGGUUGGUACCACCACUUUACCUAUUUGUGCCGUGAAGCAAUAAUACGUUUCCGUGUAAAGGACGGGGCAGCCGUUGUACUGUUAAAAAUGAGACCUUACAACUCAUGUCUCGAGAUGGGUAGCGGCAUUUACGUUGUAGAUGUCUAUAAGCUCCGGGUACCACUUAACACCAGGUGGGCCGUGAGCUCGUCCACCCAUAUAAGCUAUAAAAGAAAAAAGAAAAAUAAUAAUAAUACAUGUAUACUUUUAAUGCUUAAACGUGAAUUAAAAAUUGACGAUUUCAUACAAGAAAGUAAAAUAAAUCAAAAUAACUAAUUAAACUGAGAUCACAUAAAAAAUUAUAUCCAAUUAAGUUAUUGAUAAACUUAUUAUUUCUCGGUUAUUAUCAGUAUAUAUUAAAGGUUACUAUAAAAUCCAAAAAAAAACCCUUGUUGAUGGCAAUGUAAUGUCUCAAGAACAUCUAUGUUGUAAUGACUUUAAGUAAUCGUUUAGUGCCAGGCCUAAAAAAAAUUAUUUUAUAUAUAUAAGUUUUUAUUUAUUUCUUAGAUGGCUGGACGAGCUCACAGCCCACCUGGUGUUAAGUGGUUACUGGAGCCCAUAGACAUCCACAACGUAAAUGCGCCACCCACCUUGAAAUAUAAGUUCUAAGGUCUCAGUAUAUUUAAAUCUAUUUACACAUUUCCAUUAAGAAUCCUAGACAUUGGUGAAAGUAUGUUAAUGUUCACGAAUUGCAACACCUGAAAAAUGGAGGGAAAAUAAUAAAAACAUAAUAUAAAGUCACAUAAUUAUUGUCAUUUAGUUGUAUACCUACUAUCCACGGUAAUUUCUAUAACUGUUGAACAUACACCAUCCCGUGUGCGAUAGAAACAAAUGCCACAGCUACUAAACUACUUGACUAAACGUCGGAUGAGACGGGCGCCCUAACAUAAACUCGUUGUGUAAGCCGGCGUGGUAUUUAAUUAAACUUUUACUCGGAGUGAUUACGUCUGCAUCAAAUGCGUUUGAUUAUAAAUUCCGGCGAGAUAUAUUGUGAUAAUAAAAAUGACUAUUAAUUUACUUGACUUUUGGCCUUGGCACACUGUUAAAUAAUAAUGAAACACAACAGAGAUAAUGUUUAUUCUAUUUUGUCUAUUGAGCUGAAGUGAAAUAACAGAGAAUUUUCAGCUCUUCCACUUCAAAAAUAAAUUACGAGGCACAUACAUAUAUCUGCUAAAAACUGGGUAUCGUAUUUAAUUACUAGGGUGACAUUGAAAAAGAAAUCGACUCAUCUUUUAGUGGUAUCAAUAUUAAUGCUUGAUCCAUUUAAAUACAUACUAGAUGUGCAAUCAACUUUAUCCGUAGGCGUGAGAUUUAAUAUUUACAAACUUAGAUGAGUAAUGAAUGUUAUAGAAACAUAGUAAAUAUUAUUAUAGUUCAAAUAAUGUAGAUUCUACAUUGUAGAAGUUUCGAAUCGAAGCUAUUUUAGUGCGUUAAAAUUGGAUGUCAGUGUCUAAAUAGAGGUCAUUUUAGUCCAAACAAAUGAUAUUGUUAGUUGUAAAUGUACGUCGACUAUUAAAAUAGUAUUUACAUUAAUCGUCACUUCUUUAUAACUAUCUUUAUAUGUACUAUGUAUACUAUCUUUAUAUUUCUUUAUACUAUCUUUCAGUAAACCAAUUUUUUUAAAUAUCUAAAACUAUUGAUAUCAUGGUCAACCACGACCUUCAGUAGUGUAAAGCUUUAAAAAGGUAAUCGCGUCGUCACAGAUUGCAAAUUGUGAAUAUUACAUUAUUUUAACUGCAUUGGCUACGAAUUUUAAAUACUACUCAAUUAUUUAAUGAACGGCUGUGUUAGGAGAGCGUGAAACAUAAUGGAUUUUUUAACCCUGUUCAAAUUAACAUGACCUGGAAUUCAAUUUUAACUUUAAAAGGGUACAAAACCAUUUUAAUUCUAACUUUUUUGAAUCCUACAAUGUACUGAUGAUAUAAAACUUAUCAAUUGACAGUUUUUUAUAAUUAAAAAAUUACUAAUAAUUAAUGUUAUUAGUACACAUUCACAUAAUUUUUAAUUAAUAAUUUUAUUUUUUAAGAGAUUCCCGAUCCACUAAGCCAUUAGAGAGGCUGUGAUGUAAUUUAUUUCAGAGAUAGUUCGUAAUUAUUAUUAAUGGUUGAUUUAUUGUUCCUUGAAUUAUAAAUACUUACGAUGUAACAAUGAUGCACGCGGAUACCUACACGGACUCGAAGAGUUUCACACGUUACGUAAUAAUUUCUUUACGGAUAACCGAGACUCCACCUACAAGGUUUCCUCAUUCCAUCUGUUUAUUAAAUUUAGUAGAAUUAUUGUGAUAUUCAACGUUUUAAGCUUACUGUAGUGUAUCUAUUCGUGAUUAGGAUAGUUUGAUUUGAAGAACAAAAAUAUCAAUACUCUUGUAACACGGAGCAAUAAUACAAUACACCACGUUUAAUAAUCAAUAAAGUUCUUGUAAUUGAUUCAAGUGUAAUUAAUGUACUAGUAGUAGGGAUCGCGCUUUGUACGUUAUUUUAGGGUAAUCUUCUUAGCCUAAACGUUUAUUAUGUAUUUUUGUAUUAGAAUAUUAUAUACGUAGGUAUUUUAGGAGUAGCAAAGUGUCUUCUUUUGUGGAUUUAAAAUCUAAUAGCUCGUAUAUUAGCAUGUAUUUUAUGAUUUAGAUUACAUCUUUCACAAGUGAUAUUAUGAGAGAUUAAGUCAAAACACGAGAAAUUAUUUUUCAAUCUAGCAAUAUGUUUCCUGUGAUUCUUGACUAUCAAUAAUUUUAUACCUGAUGUUUUAGCUCACAAAUCUUAUGGUUUAAAUCUAUUUGCCUAUAAUUGUAAUAAAUAAAGCAAUAUACUUAUACAC